UACAACGAUGCUCUUCGAGAGAUCAAUGGUUUUUUGGAUGUGCGGCUGGUUACUCGAAGAGAACUUUGCAUUGUUUUGCAUGUUUCUAACCGUUAUCUUGACACCAAUCAUCACUGCUCAAUGUUCAAAAAAGCCAAAAGGGAAGAAAAAGAAGAAGCUUUCAUCUUCUCACGAGAAAAAGCGGAGUGAAAAUAAAGCAAGAAAUAAUAAAAAGAAGCCUGUUGAACUGGACACAACGGAUGAAGCCAAAUCAACUGUUAACGAAGAUGAGAAAGAGAAAAGUUCGAAGAGACCCACGGCAAAAUCCAAAAAAUCCAAAAAAGCUACUGGCUCCAAGAAGAAGAAUAAGAAAACGAAAAAACCCGAUGGUAGUGAAAAAAAAACACAGACGCAAACUGAAGAUCAGAAAGCUCCUGAUUCACCGAAAAAAGAUGAUUUCUUCGCUCCUCCUGGAGCUCCAGAUCCAGUUCCAGCUGUGCCAGUUGAACCAAGUCCAGCUCCACCUGUACCAGCUGUUCCAGCGGCAGUUGAACAAGAAUGGAAACCACCACCAGAAUUUGAGCGACCGAAGCAUCCUGGAUUUGAAGCACAGCUGGAACCGAAUGAAGAGAAUAAAACGAUUCAACAAGUGGCAACAUUCACAGACGCUCAAGACUUCGUUUAGAACUUUAUUCAAUAAUAAAUAUGCAGUUAUG